UGUUGGAUGCCAAGAUGGGACACACUUUUCUCUCUCUACUGGGGUUUUUCUUGCUGAAUUUACUUUACCAUGGACAAGUUCAAGGGCUGUUGUGACCCUGCGACCCAACUGGCCUGAGAUAUACUCUGGAGAAACGAUCACUCUUACAUGUGAAAUUAAGGAUGGAGGAGACUAUGAGUGGGAGUUUUUUUGGAGGACACCCGGGUCAUACAAACCUCAGACAUCUGACCCUAAAUAUACUCUGACUUCACAAAGUGGAGACUACAGGUGUAUGGGCAGACUGAAAGGUGAAAUGUCUUCAACGCAGUGGAGUGAUGUCUUCACAUUGACAGUAUCUUACAACAAACCUGAGCCUGUCCUCACUGUGUCUCCAUCAUGGCCGAGUCCUGGAGCCUCAGUAACUCUGAACUGCAGGGUUGAUUAUCCUUCUGCUGGCUGGAGCUUCUACUGGUAUAAGGCUGUUCCCCAAAAGUCAGACGACUCCUACAGCUAUGAGCUGCUACCUGGCAGCGAGAAUGGGACUGAACAGCAUCUCUUCAUCAUUGAUGGACAAACACACACAGCAGGAUAUGUGUGCAGAGCAGGAAGAGGAGAUCCAGUGUUUUACAGUUGGCAUAGCAGUGCUGCAUUUCUCUGGUCUGGAGAUUUGAAUUCAGCAGCGUCUCUCACAGUGAGUCCUGACAGUGUGCAGCACUUCACCAAAACGCCUCUGUCACUGAGCUGUGAGGGAAACUCCACUGAGUGGAGAGUGAGGAGGUUUUCGGAAGCUGACAACCUUUAUCACUGUUCUUCCUGGGGGACAAUGACUGGAUCUAUAUGCACAAUAACCAGAAGAUGGCUUAGUGGAGUGUUCUGGUGUGAGUCUGAAACAGGACAUUUCAGUAAUGCAGUCAACAUCACUAAAGAUGAUGAUGGUCAAAUGAUCCUGGUGAGCCCUGUCCGUCCUGUGGCUGAGGGACUUCCUGUCACUCUUAGCUGCAAGUUAAAUAAUGAAACUGUUCUUUAUGAUGUAGAUUUCUAUAAAAAUGACAAACUCAUCCAGAACGAUAACAGAAGGGAGCUGACCAUCUCUGCAGUGUCAAAGUCAGAUGAAGGCUUUUAUAAAUGUAAACGGAGAGAUUUAGCAGAUAGUAGGACGUCAUCAGAGAGUUGGUUGUCAGUCAAAUCUUCUCGGCCUGGAAAAGUCUCUCAAUUUCCCGUCCUGUUGACUGUUGGGCUGCUUUGUGGAGUUUUACUGAUAAUUCUCCCGCUGCUGUUCAUGUAUCGCUACAGAAAGUCAAAAGAUGCAGUCUUCAUCAGAUCUCAGAGCACCAAUCAGGGCCCUGCUACAGACCACAUGAUCAACCAGGAUGAAAUUCAAAACAUGCCACAAUAUUCUACUCUCCUCCAUGGUGAUCGUUGUCUCUAUGAAACAAUCAGAGGGCCUGUAGAAGCUGGAAAUGGUGCCAGUAAUGAACCAGAAGAGAGCCUUUACAUAAACGUGGCUGCAGAUCAAUAAAGACAUCCACAUGGACAGAACCAAUGGAGCGGAUAAAAACAUGAAAAUCAACAUCCUUGUUUCAGCAAUUGAGUGUAUUUGCUGCUUUUGUGUAAAUAGUGCAGAGCCUUUUUUAAUAACGGCCUUUCUAGGAACAUGCUAAAUGCUUUGCAAUUCAACUGUAUACUUACUUUCUGUGUACUUAUAUUUAGUGUAAAACGUUCUACUGCAACAUUAUCUGUUACAUGUCUGAUUCAGAUCAUGUGGCUCUAACCUUGUUGUACAUUUGGUGAUAUUAGAGCCAGAUACUAAUAUAUGCAGUAUGGACACAUGCUUUAGCACUGUAGAUGCACACAGUGGACACACAAAUAUAUUAUUAAUAAAACCCAAAUGCAAUUAUA